AUGAUCAAGUCCAUCAUGCAUACUCUAGAUCAAGAAUUUGGCAUUAAAGAUCUUGGCCUCCUACACUAUUUUUUGGGCAUUCAAGUGACUUUCUCCUCCAAGGGUUUAUUUCUUUCUCAAGAAAAGUAUAUGCUUGACAUUCUGCAGAAAGCAAAUAUGAUUGAUGCAAAACCUCACUGCACGCCUAUGUCGACCACUUUCAAACUGUCAAAACACGCUUGGGAGCCUCUUUCUGAUCCCACUUCAUAUCGGCAACUUGUUGGUGCACUGCAAUAUCUUACGCUCACAUGGCCUGAUCUCUCAUUUGCUGUCAACAAAGUGUGUCAAUACAUGCAACAGCCUACUACUAUUCACAUGACUGUUGUCAAGCACAUUUUAUGUUAUGUCAAGGCCACCCUAUCUUGCGGUCUUCUGUUAAAGCCAGCCACCACUUUUCACAUUGAUGCUUACACUGAUGCAGACUGGGCUGGUAACAUUGAUGAUCAUAAGUCCACUGGCGGUUUUGCCAUCUUUAUAGGAUCAUCUCUUGUUUCUUGGUUUGCCCGCAAACAACCUACUGUUGCUCGAUUUAGCACCGAAACUGAAUACCGUGCUCUAGCUUCCUAUUCUUCUGAGGUUUUAUGGCUCACGUUUUUACUCAAGGAAUUACAUAUUAAUAUGCCACACGUUCCUUGUCUAUGGUGUGACAACAUCAGUGCUGCCUCGCUCUCCGUUAAUCCGGUUUUUCAUAAUAGAUGCAAGCAUAUUGAGAUUGAUGUUCACUUUGUUCGCGAUCAUAUUGCCAAGAAUCAUCUUCAAGUUCACUAUAUACCUAGUGCUGAUCAGCUCACGGACAUCCUCACCAAGCCACUUGCUCAAUCUACUUUUGACAAUCUUAGAUUCAAGCUUAACGCUCUUUCCCGAGCGUUCAUCUUGAGGGGGAUAUUAAACCACUGCAUCACACAUCUACAGCUAGAGGAGAUCUCGCCCAUAUCAUAUCCACAAAUCAUGUCCCUACCAAAGAUAAUGCUCAGGCUAUUAAGACUGCUACAAAAGAUGAGGAUCAUCUAUGUAUAG